CCAGAGCCUUGCCUGACCAGUCAAUGUGCUCAAUGAAUUCUUCCCUUUCUCGAAGUGCCAGAAGGAGUAGAUGGCCCUCUGUAGCCUUUUAAAUGGAUUUUAAGUUUAUUCUGUGAAACGCUUAUCUAGAUCAGGACACAAUUUAUUGCCUGUUUAGGAAAAACUAGGAGUGAGAACAACUUUCUACAAAGAAUGCGAUAUCUCAACUACUACCGGUGUGUGACAAAACUGUGGGCUCCAGCACAAACAUCCAGGGUUUUUACCGUGACCAGUCUGCACACAUCUGUGCAACAUCUGCAUCAGAAAAAGGUGAUGGCGGACGACAAGCCGUGGGCUCUGAUCUCAGAGGUGGGUGAGCGGGGUUACCUCGAGGAGGUCACGGACAUUAUGAAACGGCACUUCCGCAUCGUCUGCUACAGAGACUUUCUGGAAAACGCUCGCUCGCACGGCCCAAAAAUCCAGGCCCUGUUCGUGUGGAACGCCUGCCCCCCCGCCGAGCCGGCGCUGCUGGGCUCCCUGCCCUCGCUCAAAGUGGUCUCCAGCGGGGGGGUGGGCAUCGACCACCUCGACGUGCCCUACAUCAACGGCCUCGGCGUGAAGGUGACCAACACGCCCGGCGUGGUCAGCGACGCCACCGCGGACAUGGCCAUGGGCCUGCUUCUGGCGUCGGCGCGCAAGAUUGUGGAGGGCCACCUUGUAGCCGUUGACCCCAGGACCACCCACAUACCGCAAAGCCUGAUGGGUGUCGAAGUUACGGGAUCGACUUUGGGAAUCAUUGGAAUGGGACACAUCGGUUACAAAAUUGCUCAAAGAAGCAAAGGCUUUGACAUGAGAAUCUUGUAUCACAACAGGCACAGAAGGAGUGUUGAGGACGAGCAGGCGGUGGGAGCAACCUACUGCGAGGCCAUGGAAGAUCUGCUGAGGGAGGCGGAUUUUGUGGUGCUGGUGGUCAACCUGACCCCUGAGACCACGGGCCUGAUCAGCCACAGGGAGCUGUCCCUCAUGAAGCCCUCCGCAACGCUCGUCAACGUGAGCAGAGGUCUGGUUGUGGACCAGGACGCUUUGGUCAAAGCUCUGCAGACCGGAGCUAUCAGAGCAGCAGCUCUGGAUGUGACUCACCCUGAACCGCUACCCAGGGAUCAUCCUCUCCUCAGCCUCCCCAAUGUGUUGAUCACCCCCCACGUUGGGACCAACACAUACGCCACGAUGAGAAGAAUGGUGGAGAGGAUGGUAGAAAGCGCUGCUGCUGCUGUGAAAGGCCUCCCUGUCCCCAAUGAAGUCACUCCUAAGUGACUAAACUCACAUGACCUGUUUGGACUGACCAGUGUUUUCUUGUCAGACUCCCUGAGCUACAAUUCGGAUUUGGUCUCACACAGACAUUCUGUUUCACGAGUAAACUCCUAUAUAUUUACGUAUUCCAGGUUAUGAAUAGAGUUACUUCUAUGUUGUGUACUCUUUUUUUAAGUGUCAUAUUUUGAAAGCCCAUGCUUUUAGAGCUAAUCCAAACUUGUUUUUUAGAGAUUUAGAACAGAAUAACCAUAAUUUAGACCUUCAUUUUUUCAAUGAAAUUCCCCUUAAAUUCAUGUAAUAUAUUUUUCUAUGGACAAGCCUUAGCUAUUUCCAGCUCACAUUGGUAUUUUCUCUCACAAAACAAAGCCCAAAACACCUAGUGUCUGCAGGCUGACAUAUUCCAUGGACUUUCAAAGGAUCAGCAUUUACUUAUUUUUUUCUUCAGGCAGUCCGAAUUUGAAUGAGAUCACAUCAGUGUACAGCAUAAAAGUUGCAUUAUUCAUAUCUUCGAAUAGUAUGUAUAAGAGGUAGUAUUGUUUGUGACACAGGGAUAGUCUGUGUGAGUGAAUAUGUUAUAUAUUAGACCAUGUUUGAUUUCGGCUUGAUGAGCCUCUCGUAUAUUUUUAACCACUUUGGUUGCAUUUUGGAUGGCUCUGAUUUGUUGAGGUUCUUUAACAGUUUUCGCAAUUUUCUCAGUGCUCACAAUCACUUAUAUAUUUGAUAGCAGCAAGUUUAACGCAAGCACAUUAAUAUUACCUUAGCAACUUAGUUUUUUGUUGUUUUUCCUCUACUUUAAAAAAAGAUCAGAGAGCACAGAAUUAUAGGCUAUGGAUGGACUUUUCAUUUUGAAGUAAAUGUGAUCAAAUCAGACAGCCACAAGACCGGUGCAAUAAUCAUUUGAAUUUACUGCAUAUGCACUGCAAUACUAUUUGAUGAUAAUAAUUACAAUGGAUACACAUUUGUAUUGAAAUCUUAAAAGUGAUCAAACACUAUGGAGUCAUUUGUCUUAGGCCAUGUGUUCAUAAAUGUUAUAUUGUAAUAUCAUGUGAUAUCAUAACAUUAGAUCGAACGAGAAACAAUAAAAAUAUUAAACGUU